AUGCUGCGUGCUAACACGGCUUUAGGACAUGCCGGAUGGCUUGGAUGGCCUGCGAACAUCGGCCCUGCUGCCGAGCUGUACGCCUCCGUGUACAAGAACGCCUCCUCUCCCGAUGCUCUUCGUGGCUUGGCGACUAACGUGGCCAACUACAACGCCUUCUCCAUUGACUCUUGCCCCUCGUACACGUCUGAGAACGAGAUCUGUGACGAGAAGAGCUACAUAAACAACUUUGCCCCGCAGCUGGCCAGCGCCGGCUUCGACGCUCACUUCAUCGUCGACACUGGUAAGCUCCUUCCUCAUUUCAUCAAAUUAGACAAGCGGUUUGCUAAUUCGUGUUGGCAGGACGCAAUGGAAACCAGCCCACCGGCCAGAAUGAAUGGGGUGACUGGUGCAAUGUCAAGAACACCGGUUUCGGCGCUCGCCCUUCAACCGACACGGGCGAUGAGCUGGUAG